AUGGCUGGUACGUCUACUCGCGAUCAAUUACACAAAUUUGAUCCGACGUUGUUCGAUUGGGAAGAAUGGGAAGUUCUUUUUGAUACCCAUUUAGCGGUUGAAGGUGUUACAGAUGACAUUAAGAAACGGAAUUUAUUAAUUACAUCAUUGGAUGUUCAAUCUUUUAAAACGCUGAUUUCUAUUUGCAAACCGAAGAAACCGACAGAAUCUUCUUACAUCGAACUCAUUACGAAAUUACGAAUCAAUUAUGCGAAGGUGACAUUUCCGUCGACCGAGAGAAUCAAAUUCUUUGCAAUCCGACAAGUUUCAAAUCAAUCUUUGACAGAUUAUGCUAAUGUUCUUCGAACCAAAGCUACAACGUGCGAUUUUCCGGAGGUGUUCUAUGAACAAGCGUUGAUUACAGCAUUUGUAGGAGGUCUCAGAGAUGAACAUGUACGGAAGCAUCUAAUGCAGAAGAAUUUGGAAACCUUGGAAGCAACUAUCAAUAGUGGGAAGACUAUUGAAUCUGUUUUCAUUGAAGGUGCAAAUACUAAGACACAAAACCAUUCAAAUCAUGAGACUUUCGUGAACAAAAUAGAUCAUCGAAAGAAACCUGAUGCUAAACCAAAGAGCAAAGUGACCUGCGGUAGUUGUGGGUCAACGGAUCAUGAUCGUUCAAAUUGCCGAUUCCGGAAGGUCACUUGUCAUAAUUGUAAGAAAGAAGGUCACAUUGCGAAGGUGUGUCGAUCAAAAGAUACCAAUAAGAAAACUAUUAAUUCUUUGUUCUUGAUGGCAGUUAAACACCUUACAAAUGAUCAACCAAUUGAAGUGCAAUUGAAAUUGAAUAAUAUUCCAAUUGUUUCACAAGUUGAUACGGGUUCACCGAUAACACUUAUCACAGAUGAAGUAUGGAGUUCUAUGGGAAAACCGGUUUUAGAACCAGCUCAAUUACAAUUGCAAAGUUUUACGGGACAUUCUAUUGAAUUGAAAGGCGAGAUGUUGGUCAAUGUGAUUUAUCAAAAUCAAUCCAUACAAUUACCUAUUUGUGUUGUUAGUGGUUUUGGACACAAUAUUGUUGGCAGAGAUUUGAUUCAUGCAUUGAAACUUAAAUAUCAAUCAUUGGAAGAUAUCACAUCGAAUCUUUCCUUACUGAAUGUAACAUCAGAAAAUGAAAAAUUAAAUAAUUUAUUUAUUCGGUAUGCUGAUAUUUUCAAAGAAGGUUUAGGUCGUUGCAAAAUGGAAGCACAUAUAUAUGUAAAAGCCGAUGCAAUUCCAAAAUUUUGUAAACCAAGAUCAUUACCAUUUGCUUAUCGAGAAGAAGUUGAAAAAGAUAUCGACCGUCUUGUUUCAGACGGUAUCAUUGAACCGGUGGACGUAUCAAAAUGGGCAGCACCCAUUGUCGUGGUACCUAAACCUGGUGGUAAAGUUCGACUUUGCGCAGAUUUAAGUACAGGUGUCAAUGAUGCAAUUGAAAUCGACAAAUAUCCAUUACCGAAACCAGAUGAGCUUUUCGUAGCAUUGAAUGGUGGUACCGUUUUUAGCAAAAUUGAUUUUUCAGAAGCAUAUCUGCAAGUACCUUUGGAUGAAGAAAGUCAAAAGAUCUUGGUGAUCAAUACUCACAAAGGACUUUUUCGAUAUAACCGAUUGCCGUUUGGGGUGGCAUCAGCACCAUCCAUUUUUCAGAAAAUUAUGGAUACCAUGUUAAGUGGGUUGAAUGGAGCGGUUUCAUAUCUCGAUGACAUUAUUGUUACAGGGAAAGAUUUUAUGGAUCAUUUGAAUAAUUUGGAUAAGGUUUUGGCACGAAUCGAAGAAUUUGGUUUUCAUAUUAACAAAUCAAAAUGUUCGUUUUCUAAAAAAAGGGUCGAAUAUCUUGGAUUAAUUGUUGACAAAGAUGGAGUUCAUACUUCACCGUUAAAAACGAAAGCUAUCGUGGAUAUGCCAAAUCCAACAAACGUAUCUCAACUGCGAUCAUUUUUAGGUAUGGUUAAUCACUAUGCGAAAUUUAUUCCAAAAUUAACGGAUCGAUUAGCACCAUUAUAUACAUUAUUACAAAAGGAUGUAGAGUGGAAUUGGUCGGACACAUGCGCUGACUCUUUUUCAUCAAUAAAGAAAAUUUUGACAUCUCCAAUCGCUCUGGCACAUUAUGAUCCAACAGUACCAUUGAUUUUAGCAGCAGAUGCAUCGAAUAGUGGCGUUGGGGCAGUCAUUUAUCAUAGAUAUAGUGAUGGUACCGAGAAAGUUAUUGCACAUGCAUCUAAAACAUUAACACCUGCUGAACGAAACUAUGCACAAAUCGAGAAAGAGGCGUUGGCUCUAGUUUAUGGCGUUCAGAAGUUCGAUCAAUUUUUACGCGGACGAACUUUCACAUUGCUCACGGAUCAUAAGCCAUUGCUUACAAUUUUCGGUUCAAAGAAAGGUAUUCCAACUACAUCAGCAAAUCGAUUACAGCGUUGGGCUUUACGAUUAAUGGGUUAUUCAUACAAAAUUGAAUAUCGAUCAACACAUGAGUUUGGUCAAGCUGAUGGUUUGUCACGUCUACCUGUUGGACCAGAUGAAAUCUUUGAUAGCCAAGAUCCAAUUGAAUCACGAGUGGUCGCCGUAAUUCAAGAAGAAUUACAAAGUGAUCUACCGUUACGGGCGGUGCAAAUUGCUGAUGCAACACGAAAAGAUUUGGAUUUACAUAAAGUUUAUACUUAUGUUCUUUCAGGUUGGCCAUCGGAUGUGUCAGAUAAUAUUCGACCAUUCUAUCGAAUUCGAAAUGAUCUUUCUACCAGUAAUGGGUGUUUAGUUUGGGGUUUACGUACAAUUAUUCCGGCUUGUUUUCGGAACAAAUUACUCAAUCAUCUUCAUUCAACACACUCAGGUAUGGGUAGAAUGAAAGCUGAUGCGAGAAGAUAUUUUUGGUGGCCAUCACUUGACAAAGAUAUCGAAGAUCUUGCUAAACAAUGCCGAACAUGUUCUGAGCAUUCAAAUCAACCACCAAAGGUUCCUCUACAACAAUGGCCAGUGCCUGAAGUUCCGUGGAAACGAAUCCAUAUUGAUUUUAUGGGAAAAUUUUUGGAUAAUUAUUAUUUGAUUGUCGUUGAUGCUCAUUCAAAAUGGUUGGAGGUUAUUGUUAUGAAGACCAUCACCACAACAGCAACUGUUAAUGCACUUUUACUUUUAUUUUCUCAUUAUGGAUUAUGUGAAGAAAUUGUUUCCGACAAUGGUACGCAAUUUACUUCUGAUGAAUUUGUUCAAUUCUGUGAAAGACAUGGAAUCCGUCACCUGCGAACUUCACCCGGUCAUCCGCAGUCAAACGGACAGGCCGAACGUUAUGUUGAAACCGUAAAAUCGGCUAUAACGAAAGGAACGGCUGAUGGUGGAACACUAUCGGACGUGUUAACAAAAUUUCUAUUCUCGUACCGUUCGACACCUCAUGCCACUACGAAUGUUUCGCCUGCUGAACUAUUUUUGAAACGUCAAUUACGAACCGUAUUGGAUUUAGUACGUCCUACAGCAACUGAUGUUUCAAGCAAAACUCGAGCUCGAUAUCAAAGAAAUUUUGAUUGUAAAACUCGUCACCGCGAUUUUCAAUCGGGUGAUACAGUUAUUGUUCGGGAUUUUCGCAGUUCGCAAAACAAAAUUAAAUGGGUUCCUGGUAUUUUAUUAUCGAGAAUCGGAAAUCGGAAUUGGAAAGUUCAAGUACAACAGCAAACAUGGAAACGGCAUGAAAAUCAGAUUCAAUCACGCCAAUGGUCCACUGAUGAUGAUGAUGUCAUAACAGUUGAUUCUGAUCAACCUUUGGCAUCACAGACUAAUCAACCACAACAAGGAUCGGUAACACGGAAGGAUCCACCACGACAAACACCAAUACAGCCACAAAUAUUACGCCGUUCGUCACGGGUCCGCAAACCGGUCAAACGUUUGAUACAAGAAAUUUAA